AUGUGCAUCGCCGCGAAGUGCGUAGUCAAGAGUUUGUGCGUAAUACUCGUGGAGCUGGGGGAAAAUUCGACGAAAGACGCCUACACCCACAUGAGGACGUCGAGACAACAGGCAAGGGAGAAGCAGCUCACCAGCAACCAGCCGGAUGACAGGCGCCAACAGUUGGGCAAGCUCAGCUUCGCAACCGAAUUCUCGUACCUCAAGAUCCUCGGACAUGUCUACGUGGUCGAGGAUGCGGAAGACUUGGCCCUGAUUGUUCGCGAUGUGACGCGCUACGGGGGUGCACACAAACCGGCGUUGACAACGGGCGGACUGAGAAGUGACGAGAAGGCGGUCGAUAAAACCAUGUACAACCUCGGUUUCAAACGUGCACGAUUGCGUUCCGGGCCCGGGGCCGGCGAGCAGUGCACACAGCUGAACGCCUAUACCCCUGGUAAGAUGCUAGUAGGCGACGCAAUGAUUUGCUACGUACUAUCGCCUGCGAGCGACGAUGGUACCGGUGUUGAGAGACAGACCCAGAGGAGACAAAGUUGGUUCUUCAAGAUCUUUAAGAGAGAUGGGAUCCCUUUCCUGCGCGGCUACCUCCUCUGCGGCGCGCCCUGUUCGGGGAACUUGAAGACGUCCAUCAUUCAGGGCAUCACAGGGGAGCUUGGGCUGAACGCCAGGCGUCCGGAGGGCUACGGCGACGACAACGAGCACACGCCGGAGAAGCAGCGGGAGCCAGCAGCUGGCGAGUCGAUACCAAGCGGAGAACCUCUUACCGGCGCGGAUGAGCCCGAGGCAGCGCGGGCGACCCGUCUGACCGUCUACAGGGACGAGAAUGCAGUCAACCGGCCCAUGUGCGCUACUACCCGAGCGAAACCCCCGCCGACCACUGCGACUGCCCCGGAGAACGCAAAACCAGUCGUCCUCACGCGGGUCACCACAUCAACUGCCACCACCCGCACGAAAGCAGCUGCCUCCGCGUCGAAUAGAUUUCUGACCGACAGUCAGUGGUCGAAGGAUCUCACGCGUGAGGUGAACACGAACAUGGAAGUCUACGGCUUCCUUGCAACCACGACGGCGAAGCGACACCAGCAGACGUGCACGCUCUUUGCACAUCACUCCCCGAAACUGGUCGAGCGUGCUGCGGGAAUGGGGCUGCGGAGCCUGAAGCGGCGGCGAAUGGAAGAGCUGGCCAAACCUGAGGAUAGCAGCCAUGACGUCGAAGACUUGGGCCUUGGUGCCACACAGACAGAAGCGACCCGCUUUGCUCGGACCAACAAAUCGAACUUCACGGGGCAGAUCGCCAGUAUUGAGCGGCGCGAGAGUCGCUUACAAGACAUGUCUGAGGCACUGUCUGCGGCGGGCAUCUCUCCUGCACCUGGUCGCAAGUCCAAAGCUGGUCCGAAGUCCAACUUCGAAGACGCACUAUCAGAGCAGCAUCAUUACAUAGCACGUUCGCAAAGGGAGUUCGUGCAUAUCCCGACUUGGGUGCAUGCGCAAUGA